UUGGAUCCGACCUCCCAAUCUGCUGCUUCUCUUACGCACGCCACAAGCUCCCACAGAAGCUCAUCCUGCGUUAUUACAGCACCAGCACCAGUUGCACCCUGCCGGCCAUUGUGUUCAUCACAAAGAAAGGCCGCCAAGUCUGUGCCAAUCCCAGCGACACCUGGGUUCAAAGUUACCUGCAAAACUUGAAGCAGAACUGA